AUCCCGGCUGACGGCAAGUGUGAUGACUCAUCUGACAUCCGAUUGGGUCCUUUGCAUCUGCCGUGGUCCUGCCUCAGCCUCUGGGACCAGCCGUGUUGGUCGUGUUUUGGGCAUGCAGGAGGAUUGAAAGGUCUGGGUCGUGCAGCUGUCUGGUCGCUUUGCCUUCCACAUCCUUUGCUCAGGAAAAGGGAUCAAGUGUGCUUCAGUCAUGCUGGGCAGCGGGAGUCGGGGACUCCUCCACCUGGGACUGUGUCUCCGCUUGUGUGCACCUUUCUUUAAAGGCUGUGCGGGCUGCGCGUCCGAGGAGAGACUGUUCCGCAAACUGUUCUCUCAGUACAACCAGUUCAUCAGGCCCGUGGAAAACGUUUCUGACCCCGUGACGGUGUAUUUUGAAGUGGCCAUCACACAGCUGGCCAACGUGGAUGAAGUAAACCAGAUCAUGGAAACCAACCUGUGGCUGCGUCACAUCUGGAAUGAUUAUAAAUUGCGCUGGGAUCCAACAGAAUACGAUGGUAUCGAGACUCUGCGAGUACCAGCGGAUAAGAUCUGGAAGCCUGACAUUGUUCUAUACAACAAUGCUGUGGGUGACUUCCAAGUUGAAGGCAAGACCAAAGCUCUCCUCCAAUACAACGGCAACAUCACCUGGACGCCACCCGCCAUUUUUAAGAGUUCCUGUCCGAUGGAUAUCACCUUUUUCCCUUUUGAUCAUCAAAACUGUUCCCUGAAGUUCGGUUCCUGGACGUAUGACAAAGCUGAAAUUGAUCUUCUGAUCAUUGGAUCGAAAGUGGACAUGAACGAUUUUUGGGAAAACAGUGAGUGGGAGAUUGUUGACGCUUCUGGCUACAAGCACGACAUAAAGUACAACUGUUGUGAAGAGAUAUACACAGAUAUCACCUACUCCUUUUACAUCAGAAGAUUGCCCAUGUUUUACACCAUCAAUCUGAUCAUCCCCUGUCUGUUCAUUUCAUUUCUGACCGUGCUGGUCUUCUACCUGCCUUCAGACUGUGGUGAGAAAGUGACGCUUUGCAUUUCGGUUCUGCUCUCUCUGACAGUGUUUUUGUUGGUCAUCACAGAAACCAUCCCCUCCACCUCUCUGGUGAUCCCGCUGGUGGGCGAGUACCUGCUGUUCACCAUGAUCUUUGUCACCCUGUCCAUCGCGGUCACCGUGUUUGUGCUCAACAUACACUACCGCACCCCAGCCACACACACCAUGCCCAAGUGGGUGAAGACGGUUUUCCUCCAGCUGCUCCCACGGCUCCUCGUGAUGAGCAGACCUCUGACCAAGAGCAGGGACACAGCUUCUGAUCGGAACCCCAAAGGUGUUGCCGGCAGGUCUGCCAAAGUCAAGUUUGCUAAUCGUGUGGAACCCGAGGUUCUUAAGGAAUGCUGCCACUGUCACAAACCUAGUGAGCCUGCCCCCAGCAAGAAAAGGUUAAGUCACCAGCCUGUACAGUGGGCGGCCGAAGAUGCAGAGCACUCGCCCGAGGUGGAAGACGUCAUCAACAGUGUUCGGUUCAUAGCAGAAAACAUGAAGAGCCACAACGAAACCAAGGAGGUAGAAGAUGACUGGAAAUAUGUGGCCAUGGUGGUGGACAGAGUGUUUCUCUGGGUGUUUGUCAUUGUCUGCGUGUUCGGAACAGCAGGGCUAUUUCUACAGCCACUACUUGGGGACACAGGAAAACCAUAACACAUAUUUUUCCUUUUAGGUCCAUAAAUUUACAGGCAUUAUAUUUGUUCUCGAUUCCUUUCCAUAAGGAUAGGGACGUAGAACUUCCUACCCAAGUCCCCCAUCUUCUGAAACUGACGAUUUGAUGGACAAAACAGCUUCAUUGCAAGCACAGAGUCUGACCCCCCUACUUGUGGCACAGCACAGCAGGUAAAGAGGCCUAACACGGAGUCCCACAAAGGCAGCACCCGCAGGCUCAGAGCAGCAGGCCAGACUUCUCUCUGGUCCAAGCAAGUCUGACUUUCAGAGACCUGGAUGGCUCACAAAACAGCUGGACCGCAUGACUAACAUCAAACCACACUGAAAGAGGUUGCGUGGCAUCUCCAGUCUGGGCUGGAUGAUGCUUGCGAGAUGUGAAACCUGGGCCCUGGGCCUCCGUGACAUUUGCAACUCUCGUGAACUCUUGCAUCCUUGCUUUCUUGUGCAUGUCUCUGUGCUAUGGCUCACCCUUGCAGCGUUAUUCGUGUGUCACAUUCAGUGGUUUAAAAAAUAUGCGAGGGAUGGACGUGCGGCUAUGGUGAAGGUCCACUUUGAACGCCUGCAUUCCAUAAUGGAGGGCCAGAGUUCGAGGGCUGCCUCUGCUCUCGAUUUUAGGAUCUUGGGGCUGCACACCCAGGAGGCAGCAGGUGUUGGCUCCGGUGUUUGGGUCCCUGCCACCUAUGUGGGAGACCCAGUUUGAGUUCUUAGCUCCUGACCUCAGCUCAGCCCAGCGCUGGCCAUUGCAGGCAUUUGGAGAGUGAGCCUGCAGAGCGGGAGUUCUCGCUGUCCCUCUGAAAGGGAAUAAAUGAAUAAUUUCUUUAAUUCUCUUUUUUCUGUCUUUUUUUUUUUUUUUUUGACAGGCAGAGUGGACAGUGAGAGAGAGAGACAGAGAGAAAGGUCUUCCUUUGCCGUUGGUUCACCCUCCAAUGGCCGCUGCGGCUGGCGCGCUGCGGCCGGCGCACCACGCUGAUCUGAAGGCAGGAGCCAGGUGCUUCUCCUGGUCUCCCAUGGGGUGCAGGGCCCAAGCACUUGGGCCAUCCUCCACUGCACUCCCUGACCACAGCAGAGAGCUGGCCUGGAAGAGGGGCAACCAGGACAGAAUCCGGUGCCCCGACGGGGACUAGAACCCGGUGUGCCGGUGCCACUAGGCGGAGGAUUAGCCUAGUGAGCCACGGCACCGGCCAGAAUAAUUAAGAAGCCAGGCUGUGAGUCUAUCUUAGCUGGCUGUGUAUAUGUUCAGCACUCAUCUGGCGAGCAGCCUGAAGGUAAGCCAGCGCUAGGCAUUGCAACAGUAACAGAAAUAGGUCCUUUUCCCCCAAGCCGUGGUAGCUUUUUUAGAAAAGUCAAUUGAUGCAAGGAUCUGCAGGGCCAGGGAGCCUGUGGGGACUGUCACUGGAGCAGCACAGGAGAGCCUGAUGGCGUGCGGCUGGGCACACCUGAGGCCACCUUUGUGGCAGGUCUGAAAAGGGUCUUCUCCUCUUUCCUCACCAACAGUUUUCAUUUGCUCCCUGUGCUGAGAUGGAAAAUAAAAGCCUUCCUCCUAUGAGAAAUCAUGUGUGUGUGUACCUUUUAGAGCAACUCCUGGGCAUUCUGUUCGAUUCCAUUCCAGUCGUCUUUUUAUUUGUUGUGUAAACAUUAGUCUAACAAUUUAAGAUGUAUUUUAAGGCAGAAAACAAUACAUCUAAUAAAGGGGUUCAUUUAAGCUUUGUCUUUUCCCUUCUAGCCUUUGUCCCAUGCCUAGAUGUUGUUAUACCUCCGUUUUAAUGUUCAACACUCUUCUUCUAGGCCAGUGGCAUUUAUCCACAUUGCAUGGGCCUUGCAGUAUGACUUUUUUAAAAAAAGAUUUAUUUUAUUUAUUUGAAAGACAGAGUUACAGAGAGAGGUAGAAACAGAGAAAGGGGUUUUCCAUCCGCUGGUUCACUCCCCAGAUAGCUACAACGGGCAGGAACUGCGCCAAUCCGAAGCCAGGAGCCAGCAGCUUCCUCCAGGUCUCCCACGCAGGUGCAGGGGCCCAAGGACUUGGGCCAUCUUUCACUGCUUUCCCAGGCCCUAGCAGAGAGCUGGAUCAGAAGAGAAGCAGCCGGGACUUGAACUGGCGCCCAUAUGGGAUGCCUGCACUUCAGGCCAGGGCUUUAACCUGUUGUGCCACAGCACCAGCCCCGGGGUAUGACUUCCAUGAUGGCACGGUCUCCGUGUGUUGCUGCUUCCUGAUUUCCUUUCCCACACCAUGAACUCUGCGUGGUCCCUGAUCUGCUGGAGCCCAGGGCACUGCUGAGUCUGCCUGGCAGAGGUCCUGCGUUUGAAUGACUCUGUUUUCAAGUAUGUUUCACAUCUUGUUGUAGUUGUGGUUAUAAUAUCUUUUUAUUCUUCUUGUCAAAGGAUGAAAUGACAGCAAAUUCAGUUAAAGAUCUUAGUGGGCUUUACUCGUGGUUCUAGAAUCAGACAGCACCUCAUUCUAUGAAGUAGAGCGAGCGUUCCAAUGCCCCAGGCACGGGGGUUGGCUUUACAGACAGAAAGCAGAAGCAGAAACUGGAAAGUAGAUGGGUCAUUUCAGAGUUACUUUCCUUGUAAAGGUGAAAGCAAAGGGGACUUCUUUAUCUUGAAGCUAAAGCUGGCUUGUUUGGGGAUUUGGCUGUGCCCUCAGUCCAGCUCCCUCCGAUGCUCAGGCAGAUAAGCAGCUUAGGUUCAGCUGGUUGGUGUGUGCUUUAGCAGAGUGACAGUUGCGAUCUGUUUUGUUGGGCCCAGUGCGGGAGCUCAGUCCAAACCAAUGGCCUCCUACACAUGCUACUUAACACUAUCCUUAUAGUAGUUUGGUCGUUAUUCAAUUUUUUUUACUAUUGAGCCAAAUAAAUAUUUAAGCUUAUUUUUAAAAAUGUUUUAAUUGUGGUAGAAUACCCCUCACAUGGAAUUUACCAUCUUAACUCUGUCAGCACACACUCAGUCUUACUAAACACAUUCACAUUUUUGCACACCUUUCGCCACCUUGCAGCCCCAGGACUCCGUCUAUCAUACAAAGCUGGAACGUUGCACACCAGUCACAGCCCCUCCCUCUCUCCCCACCCAUAACCACUGGGAGCCACCAUUCUGCCUUAUGCACCUAAGAUUUUGACUAUUUUUUGUACUUCAGAUAGUGGGAUGGUACAGUAUUUGUCGUUUUGUGGCUGACUUAAUUCUCUUAACCAGUCUCGCAGGUGCAUCCACAUUGUACUACAUGGCAGAAUUCACUUCCUUCUUAAGAUCGACCAACAUUUCAUUGUGUGUACAAUGGGCACUUGGGUUGCUUCCCAUUUUUGGCUAUUGUGAACAAUGCUGGUAUAAACAUGGACUUGUAAAUAUCUCUUUGAGUCUCCGUUUUCAAUUAUUUUGGGUAUAUACCCAGAGGGGACAUGGCUCUGCUUUUAAUUUUUGUUUGACUGCCACACCUGGUUUUCACAGUGUCUGUACCAUUUUACAUUCCCACCAGCAGAUUCAAAGCAUUCCGGUUUCUUCACACUCUUGCCAACACUUGCUAUUUUGUGGUGUGUUUGUGUUGUUGUUUUUGAUAUCAGCCAUCCUAAUGGGUGUGAGGUAAUACACUAUUGUGGUUUUGAGUUUUCAUUUAUAUAUUGAUUAAUGAUAUUGAUAUUUCAUAUGUUUAUAGGUCAUUUGUAUUUCUUCUUUGGACACAUAAAAAUUCAAGACCUUUGCCCAGUUUAUAACAGAGUUAGUCGUUUUUCUGCUAUUAUUGUUGAAUUGUAGGAGUUCUUUAUAUAUUCUUUGUAUUAAUCCCCUAUGAGAUAUAAAAACAAGAGUUCUUUUUUUUUAGAUUUAUCUUAUUUAUUUGAAAGACAGUUACAGAGAGAGGUAGAGCCAGAGAGAGAAAAAUAGAAAGAGAGAGAAAGGUCUUCUAUCCACUGGUUCACUCCCCAGAUGACCGCAAUGGCCAGAGCUGAGCUGAUCCAAAGCCAGGAGCAAGGAGAUUCUUCCGGGUCUCCCACGUGGAUGCAGGGGCCCAAGGACUUGGGCCAUCUUCCACUGCUUUCCCAGGCCAUAGCAGAGAGUUGGAUUGGAAGUGGAGCAGCCAGGAAUCAAACCGGCACCCAUAUGGGAUGCCAGUGCUGCAAAAAGCAAGACUUCUAAGAAUUACAGUUCAGGAAGAUGGAAGAGGUAUUUCCCAGCCAUGGCAUGGAGUCCUCUCCUGACUCCUAACACAUCUGUUCUUUUUGAGGCAACCUUUGACUUCCCAGAGGUUUCGCAGUGACCUCAGAGAAGAGGGAGGAUCCUGUUUGAGGGGACUUCAAAGGGUUCAUAGAAAAAUGGAAUUAAAAGAUCCAGUUGGGGCUGGUGUGAUGGUGCAGCAGGUUAAGCUACAGUCUCAUUGCCGGCAUCUUGUAUGGAACUGCCAGUUUGAGUCCCAGCUGCUUCACUUCUGCUCCAGCUCCCUGCUAAUGCACCUGGGAAGAGCAGUAGAAGAUGGUCCAUGUGCCUGGGCCUCUGCCACCAAUGUGGCACACCCAGAUGGAGCUCCUGGUCCACUUUGGCCUGGUCCACUCAUGGCUAUUUUUUUUUAAAGAUUUAUUUAUUUAUUUAUUUAAAAGGCAGAGUUACACAAAGAGAGGAGAGGCAGUGAGAGAGAGAGGUCUUCUGUUCACUGGUUCACUCCCCAGUUGGCCACAAAGGCUGGAGUUGGGCCAAUCCAAAGCUAGGAGCCAGGAGCUUCUUCUGGGUCUCCCACGUGGGUGCAGGGGCCCAAGCACUUGGACCAUCCCAGGCCAUAGCAGAGAGCUGAAAUAGAAGUGGAGCAGGCGAGACUCGAACUGGUGCCCAUAUGGGGUGCUUGCACUGCAGGCGGCAGGUUUUACCUGCUUUGCCACAGUGCCGGCACAACCCUGGCUAUUGUAGCCAUGUGGGGACUGAACCGGCAGAUCAAAUAAUUCUUUCUCUCUCUGUCUCUCCCUCUCUCUGUCAAAUAAAUAAAAAGUAAAAUCUUAAUAAAAGAUAACUCUGUUGCAAAAGAAUUUUGAAACCCUUGCAGUCUUUUGCAUGAUACAUAUUUUCCACACUUUUGAAAGACUUCUCACAUUUCAAGUGAACAAGUUAGCAACA